AUGUCAGACGAGUCGCAACCACCAAUUGCGGCGCCCGAUGAGUCUGUCGUGGAUGCAGCAUCACACGAGGCUCCGAGCCGCCGACGCGAGAGCAUGUCGCAGCGCUCAGAAGACUCUCAAACGGCCGCAGACUUUCUGAGAGAUCAGAUGCAGCUUGAAGCUGAUGCGCGCGAAGCUCUGCCAUACAGUAUCGACAACUGUACCAAACAAUUGGGACCACUGCGACAGAAUGUCUUUGCUUGCCUGACCUGUCACCCGCCUCCCGCUGAGCUCGGUGCCGAUUCCGACUACGAGCCCGCGGGCGUGUGUUAUUCCUGUUCCAUUCAAUGCCAUGGCGAGCAUGAGCUGGUCGAGAUAUUUCAGAAGCGCAAUUUCACCUGCGACUGUGGUACCACCAGGUUCUCUGCAGAACACCCGUGCACAUUGCGCAUGAACUCGGAGACGAAUACCAAGGGUGGUGUCCACUCGGAACCCGCUGAUCCCAACAAUAAAUACAAUCAAAACUUUCGCAAUCGAUUCUGCUCGUGCGCGAUUGACUACAACCCCCACGAGCAGAAAGGAACCAUGUUUCAGUGUUUAGGCCUUGGGACCCACGAAGAAGGCGGUUGCGGUGAGGACUGGUAUCAUCCAGGGUGUCUCAUGGGCUUGGGACCCAAGUGGUACGAAGCAUCUAAACCGACGAGCACCAAGAUCAUCAGUGACAGCAAUCUACUUCCUACCAUUUCAGAAGAUACACCACCUCAGAGUAACACACCACAGCAGACUGGCGACACUGCUGCAGCCGAGGAGGGCGAGGACGACGAUGAGGCUCCUCUACCUGAUGGCUUCCCUGGCGAGGACGACUUUGAGCAUUUCAUCUGUUACAAGUGUGUAGACGCCAAUCCUUGGAUCAAGCAAUAUGCCGGAACAGCAGGAUUCCUACCUGCACUCAACUUCAACAGUCCAGGCGAGCUGGCAUCGUCUUCCGCCAAAAAGCGACAGCGCGACGACCAGGCCGACGGAGAUGAUCUUCAAAAUGAGAAUAAGCGCAUCAAGAGUGAAGAGUCAACUGGACUGUCCGGCGGUUCUUCUGCUAUGCAGAACGACGAGGCAAAAUCAAGUGCACAGGAGGCGUCAAAGGAGGAGCCCAAGGAUGCAGUGACUGGAUCAGACGCAUCCUGCAAAUGCGACUCACUUCCUCAGGCAGCACCAGGCCAAUUCUCUUUAUUCGUUACGGAGAACUUUCGCAACCACUUUUGCCGCUGUGCUAAAUGCUUUCCUAUACUACAAAAACACCCACAGCUUCUCGAGGAAGAGGAGUCAUACGAGCCGCCGCUCACAGACGCCGCUUCCGAGCAUGGAUCUACUCAAGGCAGUGGAUCCAUCUACGAGCGGGGAGAGUCGGCAUUGCGAAAUGUAGACCGCGUUCGUGCCAUUGAAGGAGUAAUGGCAUACAACCAUAUGAAAGAGAAAUUGAAGCCAUUCUUUGAAAAGUUUGCUGGAUCUGGUAAGGCGAUUUCCGCAGAGGACAUCAAGGAGUAUUUUGCGAAGCUACGCGGUGAUGAAGACGCCAUUCAGGAGGCUGGCGAAGCUGCAAAGUCGGACCAUCGCCAGGAGCAGAGUGGAUAUUGA